AUGGUCACAUCAACUACUAGUAGUGAAUGGAAUAUCGAUACAAAUAAACUAAUUGUAUAUUAUUAUCAUACGGCAUGCUAUUAUCAUAAAACGGUUAAAUUUGAAUUAACAUCAUUCUAUCAUGAACGAGUAAUUGAUAUUGGAAUUGAUCAAAUGAAUUGUAGAUGUGUACUGGUAUUAUAUUCUUCUCUUGUUAAUGUUUAUUAUAAUACGGAAAAUUUUGAAAAAGUUAUCGUAUUUUUUGUAAAAAAUCCGUUGAAAUCAUUUUAG